UGGUGAAGAAAGAGAGAGAAAAAGCCAUUGCUGUAUGCUUGAGCGUUUUGAAUACCAGAGAUUGGAUAGUUUUUCGAUAAUCUAUGGAGGAUAAUUCAAGCGCAGGUGAAAUUGCUGUAAUGUCUGGUGCAUUGGCAGUCACAGCUGUUGUAAACGCUGCUUUGAACGAAGGAAUCAACAGUGACGCCGUUGUUUCCGAUGGAACUCAACUUGAAUCGUCUACGAAGAGAAAGCGAGGUAGGCCGAGGAAGGAACAGUCGUCUGUUUGCUUGUCUACAGUCGCGCCGUUGGAGUUUACUCCUUCACCGACGACUGUACCUCAGAAACGAGGUAGAGGAAGGCCUCUUGGCUCUGGAAAGUUUCAAAAGCUGGCCGCCAGUUCUAUAGGCGAUUUUGCUGUGAAGACUGUUGCAGGAAAAUUCACUCCUCAUUCCAUGACAAUACAAUCUGGAGAGGACAUUGUCCAAAAGUUACUAUCAUUCUUCCAGGGCACUUCUCGAUCAAUCUGUGUUCUUUCUGCAAUUGGUCCAAUUUCAUCUGUUCAGAUUAAAUCUGAUGUUUCAUUUGAUGGUGUUUUAAAGCAUCAGGGCCGGUUUGACCUUUUGAAUAUGUCCGGUUCACAUGCUUUAAGUGAAUCAGGAUCAAGAACCAAGAUAAGCAUUUUUUCUGUAAUGCUGGGCAAUCCUGAUGGCCGAGUUUUUGGUGGAGUCCUGGCAGGCUCUCUAAUUGCAGCUGGACCAGUUCAAGUGGUUGUUGCAAGUUUCAAGCAAGCCAUGAAGUGCAGGUUUCCGAAGAAUAAUAUAUCUUUCGGGCAGGAAAGGACGUCGGUUAGAGAAGAAGCUUUUAUUCCUAAAGAGGCGUUUAUAAUUCCUCAAGAAGUGUUUAUUCCACAAGAGAAUGGGGUGGUGGAUAAGCAAAUUGCUUGUUCAAACAUUGAUGAACUGGAUGUACAACCAAUCAAGGUAGAGGAGUGCAACUCUGCUGUUCCUAUCCUGCAAGAUGAUGAUCUUCAAGAUGAUCUGCAGGAUGGUCUUCAAGAUGAUCUUCAAGAUGAUGAUCUGCAAGAUGAUCUUCAAGAUGAUAUGCAAGAAGAUGAUGAUGAUGAUGAUGAUCUACUGGGAUUAGAAAAUGGCUCAAAAUUACAAUCUGAAUUUGGUCAAAUGGAGAGCGACAAUAUCGAUGAUGCAACUGAUCAUCAGAUCAUGUGAAAUACAGGUGCUAUAAACUUUUCGAGUUUAUCUCUUUAUAUGUGGGAAAUCUAUUCGAAAAUUUGAUUUGAUUUAUGCAUGCAUGUAGU